AUGACAGAACAGAAGCGGGCAGGCGACGAGCAGGACUUCGCGCCCGGAAACCUCACAUCCAACGACCAAAAGCUUCAAAUACAGCCAGAUACUGCAAGCUCCGACAUCGAAAUCGGACAUCGAGCCACAAAUAUCAGCCUCGGAGAAGCAGCAUACCUCCCACAAGAACAUCGCGACUAUCUCCUCAGUCGCCAUGGCACACUGGACCUCGAUCCGAUACCUUCAGCAGAUCCAGCAGACCCUUACAACUGGCCCGAAUGGAAAAAGCUGGCAAACCUGUCCUGUGUUGCAUUCCAUGCCAUGAUGACAACCUUUAUCGCAGCGGCCAUCAUCCCAGCAUACGAGAACAUUGCUGAAGAGUUCGAGACCUCGAUCACAAGGGCAUCGUACUUGACGUCGUUACAAAUUGCGAUUCUGGGCUUCGCUCCACUGUUCUGGAAACCGAUUUCGAAUCGCUAUGGGCGGAGACCUGUUUGGCUCAUCAGUGCAAUUGGAUCGUUGCUUUUCAACGUCGGCUGUGCUUUGUCGCAUAGCUAUGCUACUAUGGCAGUGUGUCGUGCUUUUGUUUCGUUCUUCAUCAGCCCUCCCGGAGGUAUCGGGAGUGGCGUGGUGACGGAGACGUACUUCAAGAAGCAGAGAGCGCAGUUCAUGGGUGUUUGGACUUUGCUUGUCACGCUUGGUAAGAUCACAAGCUUACCCCUCUCAUCGGUCGUCCGUAGUCGCUAA